GAUUUUGGCCAUGACAGAGGUGACCAAGCGCAUCCUGGUGACAGGUGGCACUGGCUUGGUGGGCAAAGCCAUCGAGAAGGUGGUGGCCGAUGGAGAGGGGCGGCCGGACGAGGAGUGGAUCUUCGUGUCCUCCCGAGAUGCUGACUUGACGAGCAGUUCUGAGACCAAAGCCCUGUUUGAGAGGCACAAGCCCACCCACGUUAUUCACCUUGCUGCCAUGGUCGGAGGCCUCUUCAAAAACAUCCGCUCCAAUCUGGAUUUUUGGAGGACAAACAUCCACAUCAACGACAACGUCCUGCACUCAGCCCACGAGUUGGGGGUGCAGAAGGUGGUCUCCUGCCUCUCCACCUGCAUCUUCCCAGACAAGACCACCUAUCCCAUCGACGAGACCAUGAUCCACAAUGGGCCACCUCACAGCUCCAACUUUGGCUACUCCUAUGCCAAGAGGAUGAUUGAUAUCCAGAAUAGGGGUUAUUCUGAGCAGCACGGCCGACGCUUCACUGCUGUCAUUCCCACCAACGUCUUUGGGCCACACGACAACUUCAACAUCGAGGACGGCCACGUCCUGCCAGGGCUCAUCCACAAGGUCUACCUGGCCAAACAGUCCGGCUCUGCGCUGACCGUCUGGGGAACAGGAAAGCCCAGGAGACAAUUCAUCUACUCCCUGGACCUGGCCCGGCUUUUCCUUUGGGUCCUGCGGGAAUAUGAUGAGGUUGAACCAAUCAUUUUGUCAGUGGGAGAAGAUGAUGAAGUCUCCAUCCGGGAGGCAGCAGAGGCCAUCGCAGAGGCCAUGGAAUUCAGGGGAGAGCUCGUUUUUGACACUACCAAGUCUGACGGGCAGUUCAAGAAGACAGCCAGCAAUGCCAAGCUCCGGCGGUACCUGCCCGGAUUCCAGUUCACACCUUUCAGGAAAGCCGUGAAGGAAACCUGUGCCUGGUUCAAUGCCAACUAUGCCAACGCCAGGAAGUGACGGCACCGGGGACUGGCAUCACCCAGGACUGGGAUCAUCCUCUUCAACUCAGGGUUGUCCUUUGCUGGGGCAGAGGACGAGGCUGGGGGGGUGACAGUGACAUUUCCAAAGCAAAAAAGGGAGCCUAGGGAGCAGCUCCCACAUUCCUGCCCCACUGCUGGGAGCGGCGCAGGACGCCCAUGGCAGUGGGGAGGAAAGUUGGGGCAUCCCAAAAAGAUCCCAAAUCAAGUGGUAGGAGCCAAGGAGAGCCAUCACAGUGGCUGUGUCCUAGAGGGUGGUGGCUCUGAGCUGUUAAUGAGCUACACUAAUUACCUGCAAUUAGGCACAAUAAAAGGAAGGCAAACAGGAUUCCAGGGCAUGGAAAUGGCAGCGAGGAAUUUGCUGCUGCUCUUGGCACGUGGGGAUGAUCCCACAGCCCCCCCAUCUCAGGAUAGGAAUGGGAAAGACUCCAGCUGUAAAUGUGGCAUUUAUUAAAAUAUAUGCAAGUAGCAUAAAA